AAAGACACUUUUGCAUAAGCGCCGUUAAAUCAGAAAACACGCACUAACACUCUUCGCUGAGUGCCGCAUUCCUAUCGCUCCCCACCGUCGCCGCCCUCUCCUACCACCGAGAGACGGAGGCUGUGCUGAAUGUAAACAUAUUAUACGUAUUGUCCCAAGCGGGUUUGAUCGUCUACUUAGGGUUUUGGCAAUUAAUAUUUUUUUAAAUUAUUUGAAUUCUUUUACUAUUUUUUGGGGGUAAUUUUUAUGGCGUCGGAGGAUGUGAAGACGAGCGAAUCGGCGGUGUCGAAGAUUGUUAAUCUUGCUGAGGAGGCAAAGCUUGCCAAAGAAGAAAUCAAACCUACUAAAUACCAAGUCUACAAUGUUUGCAAGUCUCUUGUUGCCGGUGGAGUAGCCGGAGGCGUGUCACGAACUGCUGUAGCUCCAUUGGAACGACUAAAAAUAUUGCUACAGGUUCAAAAUCCACACAACAUAAAAUACAAUGGUACUAUUCAAGGCUUGAAAUAUAUUUGGAGGACUGAGGGCUUUAGAGGGUUGUUUAAAGGCAAUGGCACCAAUUGUGCUCGAAUAGUCCCAAAUUCUGCCGUAAAGUUCUUCAGCUAUGAGCAAGCCUCCAAAGGUAUAUUAUAUCUGUAUCAGCAACAAAUUGGCAACGAGGACGCUCAGCUGACUCCUUUAUUACGUCUGGGAGCUGGAGCUUGUGCUGGAAUAAUUGCUAUGUCUGCAACAUACCCAAUGGACAUGGUUAGAGGCCGACUUACUGUGCAGACAGAUAAGUCUCCCUAUCAGUAUAGAGGAAUGUUUCAUGCUUUGUCAACUGUGCUUCGCGAGGAAGGUUUUCGUGCGCUGUACAAGGGUUGGCUUCCUUCAGUCAUUGGAGUUGUUCCAUAUGUGGGUCUCAACUUUGCUGUAUAUGAAUCUCUAAAAGAUUGGUUGAUUAAAUCUAAUAAAUUUGGGCUUGCUGAAGAUAAUGAAUUGGGCGUGGUAACAAGACUUGCAUGUGGGGCGGCAGCAGGUACCGUUGGACAAACUUUUGCAUACCCUCUUGAUGUUAUCCGCAGAAGAAUGCAGAUGGUGGGGUGGAGUAAUGCUGCUUCAAUUGUCACCGGUGAUGGGAGAAGCAAGGCCCCUCUUGAAUAUACUGGCAUGAUUGAUGCUUUCAGGAAAACUGUUAGGUAUGAGGGCUUCAGAGCAUUGUACAAGGGUUUGGUCCCCAACUCAGUGAAGGUCGUUCCGUCAAUCGCUAUUGCUUUUGUGACGUAUGAACAAGUGAAGGACGUCCUUGGUGUUGAGAUUAGAAUAUCCGACUGAGGUGAAGAGCACUUCGAUGUUCAUUAUUUGUCACGUGUGAUUUUUGUAGGUGUGGGAUAAGAGACAAACGAUUACAUUGAUGCUGCUAUCCUCUUCUGCAGAGCGACAAGUUAGAAACUAUCUAACCUAUAUUUACUCGUUCCUCUGUCUUUUGAUUCUUGUUUUCUUUUGGGUUUUCGUACCAUGAUGUCAAUAAGAAUGAGCGAGGAAUAGUACAAUAAAUGCUUUUGCAGGUUGCUGUUAAGACGUAGAAAGCAUAGACAGAUGAUCUUGAAUGUUUUUGUAUCGUUUUAAUGAACUUAAUUCCCGAGUUCUAGAUAAAUUGUAAGUUUAUGUUUCUACGUUGUGGUCGAAGGAACCGUCUUUUCAUUCAUGAACGAAUUCAUGCAUUAAUGAUAA